AGCAUGCAAUAAAUGGUAUAAUGGGGAUCAACUUUGCAUAGAUAAAAACUCAAAAAAUACAAAGAAAGAGACGUUGUAUGGCACUACCCGCCACUUUAUGAUCACGGUUACACUUCCAAACUGCGGUCCACUCCUACCAAUUACUAGCAUUUUAAUGCCACUUCAAUACUACCAUAAAUCAAAUUAACCAAUAAACACACUUCAUAGUUCAUGCCCUAAACUUUCCCAACAAAAUUCCCCAAUUCCAAAUCUUACAUUCAUUUAAUAAAAAAAACGUUACAAAAUUACAAUUGCUGAUUACCGUUUUAAUUUUUCAAUUUAAACACCAAUUUGAAAAAACAAGCAAGUUGCGGUUUACCGUUUGUUUGCGGUUAGUAGCACCAAUGGGCUGCAACACUUCAAAACUCGAUCGGCUUCCGGCGGUGGCUUUAUGCCGUGACCGUUGCAAAUUCAUGGACGAAGCACUCGUUCAAAGCUACACUCUCGCCGAUGCGCACGUGGCACACAUGGAUUCACUCAGAACACUUGGUCCUGCUCUCAUUUUUUUCUUCCAACAUUAUCCCGGCGAAGAAAAUUCCCCAAAUAGCGAAAUCACACACCCACUCUCAAAAUCAGCACCCCCUCGCUCGCUAUCUUCUUCUGAAUCUUCUGAUUCAGAUGCAAAAGUCCUGCAUUCUGAAUCCGAAACCGAUGAUGAUGCAGAAAAAGAAUCUCAAUUAUUCAGUCACAACUAUAGACGCUACGAUUAUCUUCACCACGACACCGUUUUAUCCUCUGUUCCUGAUAAUGUGACUUUCAUGACCUAUGUGAAACCUAUUUAUGAUUCCUAUUCUCCGACGCCGGUGAAUGCCGGAAACUUUUCCGAUUUGAAACCGCCAUCGCCGCCUCCUCCGAGCACCUCUGCUUGGGAUUUCUUGAACUUCUUCGAACCGUACGAGAAAUUUCAAGUACGGUACAGUUCGGACGGUUACAUUGAUACGGUUGGGAAAGAAAACGGAAAUGUUAACGGUCACGUGACUCCGAAAAGUGAAAGUGUUGGUGUAGAUGAACCGUUAAAAUCCAACGGUGGUGAAAGUAAGUUGAGUGAGGAAGAAAAUGAAGAAGUGAAAAAUAAGGAAGAUGAUUUGAAAGAAAGUUCAAUUUCCGAGAAAAAAGUAACGGAGUCAGAGGAAUGUAGCGACUCUGUGCAAGUGAAAUCGGAUAAAGAUUUUACUGAAGCUGUGAAAGAGAUUCAAAUUCUGUUUGAAAGAGCUUCAAAUUCAGGGAGCGAGAUUUUGGAAAUGCUAGACGUUGGAAAACUCCGUUAUCAUCCGAAAAUUGAUCUCAAUCCAGUUUCGUGCAAGAUUAUGCAUGUGUUAAGUCCGUUAAAUCCAUUGACGGUUAUAUGCGUGGAAUCACCGCUUGGACGGAAAACGGGAUUUGAGGGUGAAGGAGUUUACGAUGACAAGUGUCUCGGUUACGCGAAUCUGUGCUCCACUUUGAGUAAGCUAUGUCUGUGGGAGAAAAAGCUGUAUCAUGAAGUGAAGGCUGAGGAAAAAUUGCGCAUACUUCAUCAGAAGAAGUGUAAGGAGUUGAAACGCAUGAAUAAAAAGGAGGCCGAUGCACAAAAAAUUGAUUCCGUUCAAGCUUUCAUCGGUAUUUUAGUUACGAAAAUGAAAAUUUCUAUCCAAGUUGUUGACAAGAUAUCUAAUACAAUUAGUAAGUUGAUGGAAGAGGAGCUGUGGCCACAGAUUAAAACGUUUAUUCUCAUGUUUCUAGGAAUGUGGAAAGAUAUGCAAGAAUGUUACAGACGCCAGUAUCAAGAAAUUGUUGAAAUCAAAGCUUUAGAUGCAUCCUCUUUCCACACAAAGCCUUGCCAUGCUAAUAUUGAUGCAGCAAUAAGACUCAAAUCUGAGUUACAGAAAUGGAUUUUAAGCUUCUUAGAUUGGAUUGAAGCCCAGAAAUCCCAAGUAAAAGCCCUGAAUUGUUGGCUAGUAAGAUGUCUAAUGUAUGAUGAACCUGAAGAAAUAUCUGAUGAUUCAGCUCCCUUUUCUCCUGACAAGAUUGAUGCACCACCUGUGUUUGUGAUAUGUAACAAAUGGUCGAAGGCUUUGGAUAAUAUCUCAGAGAAGAAUGUAAUUGAAGCAGUAAGUGGAUUUAUAUACAUAGUAAAUGAACUAUUGGAAAAGAAUAUUUUAGAGCUUCAACAAAAAUCAACAUUGGACGAGGAGUUAGAGAGAAAAGUGAAAACUUUGGUGAAGCAGGAGCAAAAGAUGCACAAAAUGGUGCAGGCUCGAGGGAGAAAGAUGACUCCAAUUGCAAAAACUCAACUGAGAGAAGAGACAGAUGCUCUGCAAAAUGAUGAUAUAGUUGAUUCUAUUAGCCUACAAUCAGGUCUGAAACAGAUUCUUUUUGCCAUGGAGAAGUUCACUGCCACCACUGCUAGCUUAUAUGAAGAACUUUGUCAACAAAUUAAGCAAGAUGGAGAAUCCAACAAAAAUAACUAGUUUUACAGAGAUCUCAAGAUAUUAUUUUUCGAAAUAAAGUAUAAUUUGAAGUAUUUUAAGGCAAAACUAUAUUGUUAUGGAUCUUUUCAUUAUGAUAUAAAUUGCAGACAACUGUUUCUAGAUGAGCCCCA